AGACAGGUCACGUGAUCGUCAUUAUUUUUUUGUUGAUUCUGGAAAAUGAAAAUACUGCAAAUUACCAAAUGAUGAACAGAUGCAUUUAAUUAUUGUACUUGACAACUGUGUUUCGCACCCUUUUGUUGUUUAAUGCACGUAUAAUUUCGGAUCUUGAUGGCAAAAACUGAAUAGAUCAGGGUUUUUAACCGGGCCAAAACAAAGAUGGCGGGUCGAAAUCCUAACCCGGGUGGAUUUGACACUUCUGAGAAAGUUAACUCAAAUACAUUGAAACGACACCCGAAGAUGGAUCUUUCAAGAACAGAUCUUCUUCAGUUGCUAAGCUAUCUAGAGGGAGAAUUACAAGCCAGGGAUGUUGUAAUAGCUACUCUGAAGGCAGAGAAGGCUAAGCAGCUGCUGUACCAGGCCAAAUAUGGCAGGUUUGGUCUGGGGGACCCAUUCUCCGCAAUGCAGAGGGACUCGGACAACAUGAAGGACGAUACAUUUGAUGAGUCUGCCAUCAAGUCCAUGUACGACAACCAGCUGGCUCAGCUGGAGAACCUGAUAGCCACACAGCGCAAGGCACAGCUCAAGAUGAGGGAACAGAUGCUGGGCAUCGAGAAGAAGUACCAGAAGGUGUGCUCUGAGCUCGAUGAUGAGAAGCGUAAGCAUGCCCAGGACACGGCCCAGGGGGAUGAUGUGACCUACAUGCUGGAGAAGGAACGAGAACGACUCAACAAGGAGGUGGACUUCGAGAAAGCCAAUACUAAAAAGAUGGAAAAAGACUUGAAAAAAACACUGGCCAGUCUAGAAGACGAGCGAGCUAAUUCUGUGAAACAUAAGCAGGUUGCAUUAAUGCUUAUAAAAGAGCGCAGAAAACUAGUGGAGAAAUUGUUGCAAGAAAAACAGAAAGCUGAUGAAGUAGAAAAACUGUUAGUUGAAGAAAAGAGCAAAUCAAAUAACAUGGCAGAGGGUUUAGUCCAAGAAAGUAAAAAGUCAUUAAAAAUGGAGGCUACCAUGGAACGGCAGGCGAGCGAAUUUGAUUUAGAACGCGAGCAGCUGAGGAACAAAUUAUUACGGGAAGAAAAUAGAAACAAAGAACUUCAAGCUCACAUUGAAUCUCUCAUUUGGCAAUUAGAAAAUGUGCAUAACGCAAAACCUGUAUUGAAAGAUUCCGUACACACAGUGGAGAUUAAGUCCAAUAUUUCAGCUCCUCCAUUGAGGCUGUCUAGUGAACGUACUUGGACCUCAAGUCCACAGACUAUUCAUGCAAGCAAGCCUGUGGGAAAUAUAGUGGAAAGAGAGGCAGGCUUAACGCCUCGCUCGGCUGGUGAUGUAAACGUUCGUAAACAUGAUAAUGUGAGAUAUGCAAGUCCCCAGGCGAUAAGUGUUGAACGGGGAAAUGUUCAGUAUGGCGACUCAAGCUACGAGACUCGUGUUGGCCCAAUAGGGGCUGUUGCAGAUAGCAAACAUGUUUUAGAUCAUCAUAAACCACUCAAUGUCUCAGUUACUGGUCCAACUGUUGUGAGUAGUGGCAGUCGGAUCAUGGUGCAAACCAAUAACCCCUCAGUGUCUCAAGGGCCCGUCAGCCCUCGUAGAACUUUAACCAUAACCAGGGGCACACCGCCUCCAGUUCCUCCCAACAAGCCCUCGUUUCCUGUAACUACAACAAUUCCUGCGCAGAAGUCGUCAACGACUGCCUCAACAUCCUUGCGAAAGGAGGACCGCCUCUCUGGGUCAAAACCUGUUCAUAUACCAGUAAGCGUUGUUCACACUUCGACAGUUUCCGCCUCACCGAGUCAACGCACACCGUCACACGAAGGCUCCCCCUCUACUCUGCAUAAACCAGCUCAGUUUCGUGAUGAUAGUUUUGAUAGUUUCACCUCUGACUUGCACGCUGAUCUCCCACUUCCCCCACCCACCUCUGAAUCCUUUGACUUUCUCGAUCCCGAGAUGGCCGACCUUCAACAGCUCCUUGUUUCCAUGGUGUCAGUACCUUCCAAUACGCCUGGAGUAGAUUCUAGAGUAGCAGUAGAAGGCAUGCUUUCGUCUUGUUCACCCUGCUCUGGAUCAAUUGAAAUGUCUCCAUCAAAUGUGCCAAUCUCUGUGACAUCAUUAGUUGUGACAUCAUCAAACACAUCUGUAAAUAUGACAUCAUCAGUGACAUCAUUUGAUGACCAUUCCAUGACCUGCAGUUCCAAUGGAACUCCUCAGGGCUUAUUAGAUAUUGGUAAUAAGGCAGCCAAUGAAAUAAUUUCACCGGGUCCUGUGGCAACUCCUUUGAUAUCACCAAGAAAAUCAGCAUGGAUGGAAGCAUCUAGAAUGGAAGCUGAACAAUCAGCACGCUCUACGCAAAUAGUAACCUCCAUGGCAUCAGUGAGUACUGCUUCAACAUCUCCUCCAAUAUUUGCAGUCAUGACAUCAGCAAAGAUGUCAACAGUUGUAUCACCUAUAAAUACUAUGAACAUGUCACCAUUGACAUCAUCUUUGAUGUCAUCAGUAAUAUCUUCACCUGCCAGCGCUGUUUCAUCACAUGCAAUUGGUGUAAAUAUGUCACCAAUGACAUCACCAAUGAUAUCACAACAGAAGACUUUAGUAACAUCCAAUAUAAGCAUUAGGACAGCAACAACUAAUUCUGAACCUCAGCAAAAAUUGUCAACAAUGAUAGUUCUGCCGGAAACAUUGCCUGUAGAGAUUUAUAGUAAAGAUAUAAACACCACUAGUGCCAUCAAUGUGGUUACUAGAGUAUCUGCGCAAAUGGCUGUUAGAAGUUCCUAUGAAAACAGUCAGCUGUAUGCCAACAGUGUUCACUCAAGAACCCCAGAACAAAGAAUGCAGGAAAGAUUUGUGCCAGCUUCUCCAAUCCAUAGGUAUGCAGCAACGGGGGUUGUGGAUGCACUACGAAAGUUGAUAUUUGACCUAGAAGCUGAUGUUAAUCUUCCCAUGAAAGACGGUACCACGCCAGCUCACUGUGCUGCAGAAAAUGGUCAAGAAGACUGCUUACAGCUACUUUUGGACAAGGGUUGCCAUGUGAACAGCUUGAGGGAUGACCAACAGACUCCUGUGCACUGUUCAGCAUCCUUUGGUCACAUUGGUUGCCUGAGGCUGCUAUUAGAUAAGAGAGGUAACUCCAAUCUUGCUGACCAAUAUGGAUGGUCUCCCUUACACUGGGCAGCUAAUAAUGGCCACCUGGGGGCAUGCAGGCUUCUACUCUCAUAUGGAGCAAGGAGACUUGUGUAUUCUAAUAACAUGUGGACACCUUUGCACCUGGCAGUACAAUCUGAUUGGUCAGAAAUUCUUGAACUCCUGUUAACAUUCGAAUCCACCCAAUCAGAGAAGGCAUCUCAUGUCCAGUCGGCCAUCGCUCAGACUGUAGAUAAAGAUGGCCAGACAUUAUCUCAUAUAGCUGCUUGUAAGCAGUCCCAGAAAUGCCUGUCUGUGAUACUAGCCUACUGUGAUAUUGACUACGAUGUGUGCGACAGAUGGGGACGAACUGUCCUCGAUAUAUCCUCGCCUAACUGCAUGCAUGUUCUCGACUAUUAUGCUAACUCUCGCACCCUGAAUCUCACUGUUGAAGUGCAAUGCUCUGGCCCUGCCUACUCCCAUGCAGACCCUUACCUGAUUGGUCGACUUCUUGUCCAUCCCAAGAUGCACUGGGGCCAGCUGGACACAACGGUGUCACGAUGUUUUGGGGAAUACCUUGGACAACUGGACAAGGGUCUGAGCACCAAGAAGACCAUCAGACUGGACCCGGAAGGGUCUGGCAGCGAGGGAUCUCAGUUCACCCUUGGCCUGACUGCUGACAGCAUUGAUGGCUACAGUAUAGGGAAUGUGUUCUGGAGGAGAUCUGAGCCCUACCCGGCAGUGAAGCUUCAAGACAUUCUGUUUGACCAACAAGAAGUCACCGUGGCUGUGAUACUCAAAGGUUCCACUUGUGACUUGGACUCGUUGGCUUUUGAUCUGCUGCUCCCAAAACCUUUCAUUGAAAGUUACAUCAGAUUGUUGGAGCAAUACAAAUGUGUCGUGUUUUACGGACCAGAAGGUACCAGGAAGAAACAGCUAGUGAAAAGGCUGUCAAGAUACUUGGCUGAGAAGGAGAGGCAGCGUUGUGGAGAGUCCCGUCUCUCCCAGGUCUACCUGCAUAGGGACUUCAAACACAGGGAUUUCGAGAGCCUACUCAAGACUGAAGGUUGCCUGCUACCAGCAGACAGUGAGACGUGCCGGUGCAAUCUGCUGGUGCUCUUCCACCUAGAGAAGGUGAACCUGGACCAGAUGUUGGGCAGCUUCACCGAGAGGAUCGACAAUAGGGGCAGCAAGCAUACCUUCAGUGUGCAGGCUUCUGAUGGUGUUCAUGAAUUCUACUACUUCCCAGAAAACUUUUAUCUCAUUGCCACAAUGGAUAAGCCAAGAUCGACUGGGCUGGACCUCAAUCUGCAGCAGCGAUUUCGUUGGGUGCAUUUCCGUAUUAGUAACGAGCCAAUCAAAAACCUUCUUGGGCGUCAUAUGUUGCGACGUCUGCUGCAUACAUAUGGUGGGGAGAUUCCAUCACCAGAGGAGAGUCUCUUUAAGGUUGUGGAAUGGGUACUGUGUGUGUGGCAGCGUGUGAACCACGGCGCCAACAAGCUGGGUCUAGUGGACGUGGUCCUUGGGCCCGACAUCUUCCUGCCCUGCCCUCUCGAGUCCAAGAGUUCAAUUGUCAUCUUGGACUGGUUAAAACGCCUGUGGAAUGAAACUGUAGCCCCUGCAGUGCAUGAAGCCAUACUGAAGGGUGCUGGGAAGGACUCGACUGUUGAAGGUCAGCAGAAGGUCACCAACACUGCCCUCUAUGUUUUGAUGCAGCGUGCAAUAGUGCCAGGGUGUCCCUUAAACGGACAGGAAAAGGAAGACUUCCUUCGUGAACUGAGUGGCAGCAAUGAGCUCAAUGUGCCUCUUAAAACAGAAAAGAUUAACUUCUCAGCUGCCAUGGCAAUGUCCUUGAAGCAAAACCUUCACAACGGAAACCAUAGAAACAGCGAAAAUCCGGUGUCUGCUGCUCAGAAUAGAAAUUCAAGUGGUACACCUUCAAACAUCAGCAGUAAUAACCCCAGUGCAAGCAGCCAGAACUAUCACAACAACAGUAUGCCAAAGCGAAGAAGCUAUUCAGACCAGCCAACCAAUCAGAAUGGGGACAUUGAAAUUCCCGUCAUCCACGACCCCCUAGGUGCAGCUACCGGCGAUAUACAAGCCAAAAUACCCAAACUGGAGAUUCGCUCACCGCUUUUAGGUUUGCCGAUAUCCCUGCCCAACACUUUCAGCUCUGGUGAUAGAUUCAGCCUAUCAAGGUCCUCGUUAAAUUCCAAGACGGGCGGUAGCUCGUUAAGUGCCAAUGCCAGUAACAGUUUGAUGAAUGCUUCAUUCAGUCAACGAAGAUCUACUUUUUCAUCUACUCAGAGCAGGAUUCCACAGUUGUCCUCAGCGGCCUCGGCAUACAAAAGGUCAAGGUCCUCUGAGAAUUUAUCUCUGACAGAUCAGCUGUCCAAUAGACAGGACCAGAAGGAGGCAACUAGUCCGUUUACUUUCUCGCUCACAACACCGAAUACAUCGCUGUUUUCAUUCAAGAUGUUUGAUAAGGGCAACGAAAGAAAGCCGUCCAAGAGCCGCAGUCAGAGUUCAAGCCCCACUUCCUUGCUUUAUCCAAGGUCACUGAAUAGGAGAUGAUGUUUUAUCGAUGUGUAAAAUGAGAUGAUACAAAUUAAAAUGAUAUGUUAACAACAUGUUUAAUGAAUACCAGUAUUUAUUUUGAAAUUUUGAAUUCUUUCAGAGGGAAAUGCAUGAGUAUGAUUUCUCUUCGGUUAAUUUAAGCAAAAAAAAAUGUUUGUUUGGACUUAUAUUUAUGUUCAAUUGACAAAACAGGUUCACUUACAAUGAAAAAUAAACAUAAGAAAUACAUGUAAAUCUAUGCAAUGUUCCUUUUAAAUGCUACUUUUUAGAAAUUGUACACAUUGUAUAAUAUAAAUGAAAUAAUGAAUCAGAUUCUUAAAAUAUCAGGUACGUUACAAAUUCAAGUUAUUUAUUAACUUUGGAUUGUAACAUUCCAACAUUAUCUUUCAGGUCAUUUAUUUGUCUGCUUGUAUCUUGCUGAUCUUUGUUUUGUUAUGCUCCCGGUAGGGUGGCAUAUAGCAGUUGAACUGUCCCUCAGUCAGUCUGUCAGUCCAUCCGAAAACUUUAACAUUGCCCAUAAAUUUUGCAAUAUUGAAGAUAGCAACUUGAUAUUUGGCAUGCAUGUGUAUCUCAUGGAGCUGCACAUUAGUGUUGAAAGGUCAAGGUCAAAGGUCAAAUAUACGGCUUCAAAGGUCAUCCUUCAAGGUCAAAGGUCAAAUAUACGGCUUCAAAGCGGCGCAGUAGGGGGCAUUGUGUUUCUCUUGUUAAAUAUGAAAUUUUAUUACAUUCAGCAGUUUUGUGUAUCAGUAAUUCAUAAAUUACGCAUUGUUUUAAGCAUUUACACCAUAUUUUUCCCAUCACAGCAUUUUGUUUUCUAAGUAAAUUUUGUUUCAAUUCAAAUUUUCAGCAUAAAUCAGUAUACAAUGUAGCAUGCAGAUUCAUCAGCAUUGUUUCAAAGCAAUUAAAUACAUCAACAUUUUUUUAAUGCGGUUUGAUAUGAUUUUAUUUAAAUAUUUUAGUUAAUACAGUUUUGUUUAAAGCUUGCUAUUUCAGUGUUAAUGGAGUUUUGUUUUAAGCUUGCUUUUUCAUAGUUAAUGCAGUUUUGUUUAAAGCUUACUAUUUCAGCAUAAAACUGAGAACAACUUAUAUUAUGGUCAUAUAUAGUGUACAGACUGGAGAAAUAUUCCCAAAACUAUUACAGAGUCCGAUGACUUUGCUUAUUUCGCUAGCAAUUGUGAAGACAUGCACUGAAGUCUUUAGUGUGUACUACUAAAAAUAUAUACAUAGGAAUAUAACAUUCUUGCCACAUUAACCUUGAAAUGUAUAGUUUCUUCAAAGAAUAGCUACUCUUUAUUACCAGUAUUGCAGCAAUUGUAAGAGUUACUGCCCUUGUGCCAACAACUAUUCAAUGCUAUGUUCAUUUGAAGACCAUGUGUGAUGAAUGGUAGGAAUUUUUGGUUCAUAUUAACUAUAAUGUAGUUUAAUUACAUAUUUUGUAUGUUUUGUGUGCCAUAUUGGUCAUAAGAGAUUAUAUUUAAAAUUGGUUACCAUAGGUAAAUCUUUAAGGUUAAAGUUUUUUAUCUUAAACAAUUGGAUAUUUAUGAAGAAUGUCAGUCAUACUAUGUGUAAUGAUUUGUUUGCCUUUGUUGAAACAAAUGCCUCAUUGUACAUGCAAUAGUCAUGCCAUAGAAUAAACUUUAAAUAAAGUUGCA